CGCCCGCGCCGAGCCGCUCAGCCGCAGCCCCCGGACCCGGAGGAUAUGAACGAGCCAUGAGGCGGCUGCGGCGCUGGGCGAUCGCGGCGCUGCUGCUGCUGCCGCUGCUGCCCACGCCCGGUCUUGGGACCUGGGGUCCUGCUGGAGUUCUGCGUUGGAGGGUCGCACCUCAGUUGUGGGGCCCAGAAGUGCCUGAGGUCACAGAGCCCAGCCGCCUGGUGGGGGAGAGCUCCGGGGGAGAAGUCCGGAAGCAGCAGUUGGACACCAGGGUCCGCCAGGAGGCACCCGGUGGCCCCCCUGUCCACCUGGCCCAGGUGAGUUUCGUCAUCCCAGCCUUCAACUCCAACUUCACUCUGGACCUGGAGCUGAACCACCACCUCCUCUCCUCCAAAUACGUGGAGCGCCAUUUCAGCCGCGAGGGGACAACCCAGCGUAGCACGGGGGCCGGAGACCACUGCUAUUACCAGGGGCGGCUGCGAGGGAACCCCCACUCCUUUGCUGCUCUCUCCACCUGCCAAGGGCUGCAUGGGGUCUUCUCGGACGGGAACUUCACCUACAUCGUGGAGCCCAGAGAGAUGGCCGGGCCUCGGGAAGCCCCCCGGGGACCACAUCCCCACCUCAUUUACCGGACCCCGCUCCUCCCAGCCCCCAUUGGAUGCAGGGAACCAGACUGCCUGUUCGCCGCCCCUGCCCAUUCUGCUCCUCCGGACCGGCCGAGGCUGAGAAGGAAAAGGCAGGUCCGCCGGGGCCACCCUACAGUGCACAGUGAGACCAAGUAUGUGGAGCUGAUCGUGAUCAACGACCACCAGCUGUUUGAGCAGAUGCGACAGUCCGUGGUCCUCACCAGCAACUUUGCCAAGUCCGUGGUGAACCUGGCCGAUGUGAUGUACAAGGAACAGCUCAAUACCCGGAUAGUGCUGGUUGCCAUGGAAACGUGGGCAGACGGGGACAAGAUCCAGGUGCAGGAUGACCUCCUGGAGACCCUGGCCCGUCUCAUGGUCUAUCGGCGGGAGGGCCUGCCUGAGCCCAGCGAUGCCACCCACCUCUUCUCGGGCAGGACUUUCCAGAGCACCAGUAGUGGGGCUGCCUACGUGGGAGGCAUCUGCUCUCUGUCCAGGGGUGGGGGUGUGAAUGAGUACGACAAUAUGGGGGCCAUGGCAGUGACCCUGGCCCAGACGCUGGGGCAAAACCUGGGCAUGAUGUGGAAUAAACACCGGAGCUCAGCAGGGGACUGCAAGUGUCCAGACAACUGGCUGGGCUGCAUCAUGGAGGACACUGGGUUCUACCUGCCCCGCAAGUUCUCGCGCUGCAGCAUCGAUGAGUACAACCAGUUUCUGCAGGAGGGCGGCGGGAGCUGCCUCUUCAACAAGCCCCUCAAGCUGCUGGACCCCCCUGAGUGCGGAAACGGCUUCGUGGAGGCAGGGGAGGAGUGCGAUUGCGGUUCUGUGCAGGAGUGCAGCCGAGCGGGCGGGAACUGUUGCAAGAAGUGCACCCUGACUCACGACGCCAUGUGCAGCGACGGGCUCUGCUGUCGCCGCUGCAAGUACGAGCCGCGGGGUGUGUCCUGCCGAGAGGCCGUGAAUGAGUGCGACAUCGCGGAGACCUGCACUGGCGACUCUAGUCAGUGUCCCCCCAACCUACACAAACUGGACGGUUACUACUGUGAUCAUGAACAGGGCCGCUGCUACGGAGGUCGCUGCAAAACCCGGGACCGGCAGUGCCAAGCCCUGUGGGGCCACGUGGCUGCUGAUCGCUUCUGCUAUGAGAAGCUGAACGUGGAGGGGACAGAGCGUGGCAACUGUGGGCGCAAGGGGUCCGGCUGGGCCCAGUGCAAUAAGCAGGACGUGCUCUGUGGCUUCCUCCUCUGCGUCAAUAUCUCCGGAGCUCCUCGGCUGGGGGACCUAGGAGGAGACAUCAGCAGUGUCACCUUCUACCACCAGGGCAAGGAGCUGGACUGCAGGGGUGGCCAUGUGCAGCUGGCCGAUGGCUCAGACCUGAGCUACGUGGAGGACGGCACAGCCUGUGGGCCCAACAUGCUGUGCCUGGAUCAUCGCUGCCUGCCAGCCUCUGCUUUCAACUUCAGCACCUGCCCGGGCAGUGGGGAUCGCCGCAUCUGCUCCCACCACGGGGUCUGCAGCAACGAAGGGAAGUGCAUCUGCCAGCCAGAUUGGACGGGCAAAGACUGCAGUAUUCACAACCCCCUGCCGACAUCUCCGCCCACGGGGGAGACGGAGAGAUAUAAGGGUCCCAGCGGCACCAACAUCAUCAUUGGCUCCAUUGCCGGGGCUGUGCUCGUUGCAGCCAUCGUCCUGGGCGGCACAGGCUGGGGAUUUAAAAACAUCCGACGAGGAAGGUCCGGAGGUGCCUAAGUGCCACCCUCCCUCCGAACCUGGCGCCCACAUCUCAGCCAUGAACUAGGAGGCUGCCUCCUCCCAGCCAUGGAGGGAGGCACCAUGCGAUGUCUUCCGGGCCCAAGCCUUCCAAUUCCUGGCCCCACAGGGGUGUGGGUGGGGGGCUGUGGCCCUGCCCUUCACACCAUCAGGGUGGACCAUGCCAGGGCCAUUGCCCUCGUGGUCCCCCCCCCCACCUCAUGUGGCUUUGGCCUUGCACACCAACUCUCCCUGUGUGAAUGUAGCUUCCAUCAUCAGAUUGCCACAGCUCAGGUGGGGAGGGAGGGCUAGAGGGAUGCCCCAAGGGGCAUGGCCUGGGAUGGCCCUUCCUCAAAGCCAGGCAGCUGGGACAGGGUUUUAGCUUUCUGGGACUUGGGGAGAGGGGGCUGACAUCUACUUUAAAAAAACAAAACAAAACUGAAUCUUAACUGAUGAAUGUAACUCUGGGGGUGCUGGGGCCAGGGCAGCUGUGGGAUGUUUUGAAACCUGGGGGGGGCGGGGGGGGGACUGGAGGAACUGAGGCAUGGCCAUCCCCUGGGAUGACCACACCCGGGGUCUUCUCACUGAACACGGACGUCCCCAAGCCAGGUAGGGGCCGGCAUCCUUGCUGCUCCCUCCUCUCGGCCCUGCUGAGCUUGGAGAGAAGUUUGAGUGCUGAUUCAAACCAAAGCUGCCUGUUCCGUGCCCACGCCUAGGUUAUGGGUACGGCGACCACAUGUCCCAGAUUGUCUUUAAUUCUAAAAUGACCAUCCUGCUGUCCUUGCCAGGAUGCAUGCAUUCGAGGGUCUACAAAAUAGUCCCUGAAAUAAAAUGGCACCUUCCCCCUUUCCAGAAGGGUGACUGUGGGGCUGACUCAGGGUUUAGGUGCCCCCUGGUGUGGCGCAGAGGUCCCAGGAUGGGCCGUCUUUUCCUGGGAGGACUCUCCCAAGUAGGGAAGGCCAGAGGUGGCCCAGUGCCUGGAGGGCCAGGGGCUCUGCCUGUGAUGCGCAUAGGAGGUAGGACAAGGCAGGUCUCAUGUAUGAACCUCAGCUUCUAGAAAAUUCCUCAAGGCCCUGUCAAACCCACCCCACUCCUUACCCAAUUCCAGGGCCGAGUAGUAAGUUUACAGUUGUUUCCCCCGUGAUGUCCUCUGACGCCCCGCCCACUGCAGUGACAGGCAGGUGGAGGCCAGGCAGAGUUCCUCAGUCCUCCUCCAAACCAAGUCCUGCCCAUGGCCUUCCCUCGUGACCCUCGCUUGGGACAGAGGAGCUCUGGCUCCUUGACUGUUGAAGACCGGCUGGCAGGGGCAAGAUGGGGGUCAAACUACCUAUGGAUGAAAGCCACAAAUGAAUGGAGCCCCUCCCCCCAGGGGUACCCACCCUGACUCCGCAGGGAUUCCUGAACACCCCGGGCCUUUGAGCUGCCUGUUUCAGUCCCUCUGCUUCUGGGGCAUCUUUGAAGGGGAAUCAUGGAGAUGGCUCCCUGCUUAUCUGCACCCCCCUCAGGGCAAACUGGAAACUGAGACCCAAGGACACCCUUUGGGUGGCUGAUGCGGCGACAGUGGGGUCCUCGAUAUUGAGCUUCAGCUGGCACUGCCCAAGCAAGGAGGAUGUGUGGGGUACCCCUCUAGCCAGUCCUGCUACACCAGCACCCCCAAGCUGGGGCAGGAGGGCGAGGGUUGGGUUUUGCACUUUUGCUGCGAUACCUUAAGGCGCCCUCUAGUGGUGCACA